AUGUCGGGAAUUGGUAUGAGGACCUUUUGGACCACCCAGAAUGCCGGGGUAAUCCUUAACUCUCAUCUCCAGGUGAAAGUCCAGGCAGCAUACGAUUCCUACAGGCAGACGGGCCUCUCAAGGACCAUCGCUUCGAUGACGUGUCGGGAUGUCCAUCCCACAAAGGAGAGGAUAGCGCCUAGCCCAGCCCUUGUACAAUACUUAUCGCAUCUCGAAGAGAGCACCGCGAGGCCGGAAACUUUGGAGGCCCCGUAUGAAAAUGAGCCAAUAAACUGCAUGGUGCUCCGGGCCGCGUCCAACCAUGAAGAUCGUAGAGCUCUUGCGCGGCUUGCAGGAUCGGCUGAGGGUUGUCGUGGGGGCUGGUAA